AUGAGCGACGUAGUUAGUGAAGAUCGUAAGGCAUUAUUCGACUCGGCAGUAUCCUUUCUAAAGGAUGAGUCCAUUAAAGAUGCUCCACUUUUAAAAAAAAUCGAAUUUCUGAAAUCCAAAGGGUUAACGGAAAAGGAGAUUGAAAUAGCCAUGAAAGAGCCCAAAAAGGACGGUAUCAUAGGUGAUGGAGUAUCGAAUAAAAGUGGAAGCGCUGAGAAUAGAGCAAACUCACAGGAUACGUACCUUUUUGAAGCGAUGCCACCAGCGCUGCCCCACAGAGAUUGGAAAGACUACUUUGUGAUGGCUACAGCCACGGCAGGGCUGUUGUAUGGUGCGUAUCAAGUAACUAGAGGGUACGUGAUACCAAACAUUCUGCCAGAAGCAAAGAGUAAGUUGGAGAAGGACAAAAAAGAAAUUGACGAUCAAUUCUCCAACAUCGAUACAGUCCUCAAUGCCAUCGAAGCAGAGCAAGCUGAGUUUAGAAAAAAGGAAAGCGAGACAUUAAAGGAACUUGGUGGCACAAUCUCUGAGCUGCAACAGGUACUGGCACAGACGACGAGAAGCAGGGAAAAGAUCGAAGACGAAUUUAGAAUAGUUAAACUUGAGGUGGCCAAUUUGCAAAAUACCAUUGACAAGUUUGUUUCGGAUAACGACAACACGCAAGAGUUAAAUAACAUUCAAAAAGAAAUGGAAUCAUUGAAGAGUUUAGUGAAUAACCGUAUGGAAUCCGGUACUGCACAGGACAACAGAUUAUUUUCCAUAUCUCCCAACGGAAUACCUGGUAUAGAUGCGAUUCCCUCUGCGUCCGAGAUUCUUGCCAAAAUGGGCAUGCAAGAAGAAAGUGAUAAGGAGAAGGAAAACGGUAACGAUACUAAUAAAGAGACCAAUGCUGUUCCAGCGUGGAAAAAGGCAAGAGAACAAACUAUUGAUAGCAACGCCUCCAUCCCAGAAUGGCAAAGGAACACUGCCACCAAUGAAAUCAGUGUUCCCGAUUGGCAAAACGCAGAGCUAGCAGACUCCACCCCAUAG